CCGUCUACGGCUUUAUUAGACAUUCUCUGAAGCAGUGUUGGGAAGAAAACCAAGACGCCAAGAAGAGGAUCGAUAGAUACAAAUCAGGGCCCGUUUACGGCUCUUAGAAAUUCUCUGUACAAAGUUUGUUUCAUUUUUUUGACACAAGGGAGCCACGACACGAGUAAGAUCCAUAGAAAUAAUUUGCGCCUCUACAAGAUGGCUACAGGAACACUAAAGAUGGAAAAAAUAAAAGAUGAAGGCAAACUCGAAAUUUCCAUUACUGACCAAAAACUGUGUAUGGCCCUGGGGAUACCAUUACAGGAAUCGUGGAAAUCAAAAACGUCGAACCAAUACCAUCCAAAGCAAUCAAAGUGAACUGCCGAGGCUAUAGCGGCGUAAGCCCCAGCGUAAGCUCCAGGUUAAAGGAUACAUCAUGGGAAGUGGAGGAACAGUACUUCAACAGCAAUAUUUCAAUGGCUGACAAAGGCAUUCUGAAGAAUGGGUCACACACCUUCCCAUUCACGUUUGUCGUUCCAGCCAACGCUCCAUCAACCUAUUUUGGUAAUUAUGGCAGGACUAUAUUUGAAAUCCGAGCCUUUGUUGACUUGCCUCACUUUUCAAAUGGCUACAAGGCAGAGAGGGUUUUCUACAUCCAAAAGCCCCUUAACCUCAACACUGUACCUAAUAUUCAGGAUAUUAGCUACUCCUCUGUCACUAAGGACUUCACGUACAUGCUUCUGAAAAAUGGUACCAUUGUGCUAAAGGCGACCAGUGACCUGCGAGGGUACACCCCUGGCCAAAUCAUUAAACUAGAAAUGGAGAUUGAGAACAGGUCGGGGAAAUCCACAAGCACAGUGGUAGCCAGCCUCAUACAGAAAGUGACCUAUAAAACUAAAAGGUCCAUCAAUGACCUGAGGACCGUUGCGAAAGUGGUGGGUGCCGGCGUGAAGGCCAAGACGGAGGCCAAGUGGAAGGAGCAGAUUGUUGUGCCUUUUGUUGCUCACUCCACUCUGGAGGGCUGUGGACUAAUCAACUUUGAAUAUUACAUCCAGGUCUCGCUGAAAUCCCCUGACGUAUUACUGACUCUUCCCAUCUUCAUUGGCAAUGUUGCCGUGGACACCACCCAUCCCAGCGACUCUGCCUCCUCCAGUGCCCCCCUGCUGGGCAGGAGCACAAGCCCCCGGAGGUGGGCAGGCCGCAGGCCGAGGAGAUCGUGACCAUGAGCCACUCUCAGCCACAGCACAGACAGUCCGUCUCGCCCCAUUCCUUCCACAAACUUUUUUUAUAUCAGUCGUUCGGGUCACCGGAAACGUUCAUGGUGUUCAAGUAACUGCAGCCA